AUGAGGGCAGUCAAUAGCUUUCAGGUGCUUCCAUAUAUUCUCCUGGCACUUGCACACGUCAGCCAAGCAAGUAUCUCCCAUAAAGGUGAUGUGCCAGUCCCUGCCCCCAAACUACCGGGCAUCGACGCGAUUUCUUUCCUCGGUUCCCGAACGCACGACCAAGACAGCAUAUUCAAUGAAGCCGUCAAGAUCCUGGACUCAAUGGGAUCUUCACCUUCAUGUAAUCGAAUCGCAGCAACACGACUGGUAACUUCGUGUCAAACAUUCAGCGAUAGCCACGAUGGCAUGCAGACAGACAGCCCAGAGACUCUUGACCUUCUUCGAUCCGUUUAUGCAGCACGUCUAGCAUUAUGUGAGAUUGACGGUGCUGGCACCUCAAUCCCUUCCACAUGUCUUCCUGUCACCGUAUCACCACCUCCGCAGAAGAACCGAUUUGGCUUUGUGACUCGGCACAGAGGCUCUGACACUGCAUCAGAUGAAGUUCGGAGGGAGCUAUUGGAGCAAUGUCUCAGGACGCUCGAGUCACGGCCUCAGUGGUGGACCUCAUAUAGCAAUAGUCGACAGAAUGCCCUUGUGAUCUGCCACGCCUCGCGAAUGGAGAUGGAAAAGGAGGAACUCCUCAACCUGCAUCGAUCCAUCUCCAAGAGCAGUCUGAAGCUAAACAAUGGACUCCAGGAGGCUUUGCAAGAUGCAGCCGCACAGUCGGCACAGCAACAAGCAUUUAUGCAAGCCGUUCAGUCGCUGCAAGAGAAAAUCGUAACCGACAUGGAAGCGACGGACUCGGUUUUCAAGCGAACGUUCGGCAAAUUUCUGAGAGAAAUCGAAACCGGAAUCCGAUCUCUCCAGGACUCUAUCUCUACGGCACUUUCAAAUGUGCAGAUCGGAACAAGCGUCCUUGAAAAGGAUAUUCAGAAUGCAUCGACCCAAGUAGGAGCUCUUCAGCAAGCUCUACAAAACGCGCAUCAAGACGCAAUGGCUAGGAGCCAGGAGACAUUGCUAGUUCAACAAACAAAUGCUGUCGCUCAGAAAGAUCUCGUAUCUUCUUUACACAUGUCGCUCGAGUCGCUUCUCGAGUCAGAUAUGGACAGAAUGUACAGAGGCAUGCAGAAGUUUGAUGCUGCCAUGGAAUGGCUGACCAGCCGAAUGAACAUGAUUCUUGAGCAGGAAAUCAGAAUUACAGAGCGACUUCAAACUAUGGAAAGCUUCAUGCAACAAUCCGAAUCAAGAGCAAAUGAGCUUCAAAGGGCCCAGGAUCAACAAACGGAAGCUCUUUCUGCACAGUCGCGGGCGCAGGAGGCCAUUAAAUUCCACGCGCAGGUGUCGCAAGCUUUGCUGGGCAAGGCUAGCGUUGCUGCUUCCAAUUUACAAUCCACCAUCGAAGAUGCAGCAUUCAAGUUCAAAAGUGGGCCGGGGUUCGGUAUUGGCGGAUUCUCUCCGUGGUCUCUCUGCGCUAUUCUUCUCAUGGCUAUCGCAGCCCAGAACCUCAGGAUUGCAAUUGCUUUGAUCUUUCUCAUUCUAGGGCAUUCGGUUGCUCUCGCCAUCUUUAAAUUCGUUUAG